AUGAAAUCCUAAUCAAUUCUAACAUUGCUGUUGGUAACCACGGUUUCUUUUAAAAGCACUAAAGUUCUUAAAUUAGACUCUAAAGACUCAUUCAAGAUGUUGGUGCUAAGUGAUCUCUAUAUAGACAACAAUGCGGAUGCUAAUUAAGCUGUUGAUGAUAUGAUAAAAUAAAUAGUCAAGGAUGAAGGCUAUGAUAUCAGUCUAGCUGUGCUGCUAGGUGACACUGUCAAUCCUGAUUACGAGGAUAGCUAUACAUCAAGAUUUGGAGAAGCCAUUGAUAUUUUUAAGAAUUACAGUAUCCCAUGGGUUUCAGUUGGUGGCGAAGAUAAGCCAGAUAAUGCAGUGACUAGAGAAUACAUGAUUUCAAGAGAUCAAUUUUUAGGAUAACCAGAUGAUUUAAGCUUUUCAGCUAAAUAUUAAAAUGGAAAUGCAUCUAAGAUUGGACUGUAUACUUAAAAAAUUCCAAUAUAUUAAAAAGAUGGUCAAUCACUUGCUUUCAACAUUUGGAUUCUAGAUUCUCUAGGAGGCUAUGAUUGCUAUGGAAAUAAGCAGGGUAAAUCUUGCAUUUCAAAUGAGGCAAUAGAUUGGUUUAAAUAAGAAACGUUUAAUAUUUAAAGCAAGUCACUUCAAAGUGACAUUUUAUUCACAACCUACCCACUAGAGGAAUUUAUGAUUAUGACUACACACUACUCUGCUUAAGGCACCUGUGGUCAGCAGGUAUGCUGCUAGGCUGAAAACACUGGUCUCUUUAAAGCUGCUAUUGACUCUAAAAGAAUUAAUUGGAUAAUUGCAGGUGGUGAUAGCGAUAAUGAUUAUAAGGGUACUUAUCAAGGCAUAAAUCUUGCCUAUGCCAGAAAAUCUGGUUAAGGCGGUAAUGGCUAGCUUAAAAGAGGUGCAAGAAUAGUCAAAGCUAAUGUUUAGAAUCCCAUUUUUUGGACCUCAACUUAUAUAAGAGAUAUUGAUGGCAAUAUCAUAACUCAAGACAAGUCGAAUGAUACUUGUGCGAGAGCCAAUUUUGUAGCUGAUUAAUCAGUAUGCUGCUCUAUUUAUGGAGAAAAAACUGACGGUAAUGGUGGAAAUAUUUUCUAUGAUGAUCUAAAAGAUAAUGAAGAAGAUAUUAUAAUUAUCCCUGCUAAAAUUAAAGUUAAGCCCAAGGAAUAAAAUCAUUUAUGA